AUGGCGUCCAAAUCGUACGAAAAAAUCGCUGAUAUCUGCGACAACCUCAUGCUUCAGGUUGCGGCGCAAGGCAUUGCUUUUCAAGAGGAAUGGCCGUACGAGAUUCAUCUCUUAGGUCACAUUUACGUCAAUGACAUUAACAGUGCUCGGUUUUUAUGGAAAUCAAUACCUGCUGCGAUCAAGGAGAGCAGGCCGGAAGUGGGGGCUGCCUGGAAAAUCGGUCAGAGGCUGUGGACGCGGGACUAUGAACGUGUGCAUGAGGCGAUUCGAGAGUUCAAUUGGAGUCCUGCGGCCCAUGACCUUGUGGUUUCAUUCUCAGGCAAGUUUCUACGCCUGCCAUUGAAUAUUCCUCAAGGGAAUCCUCUCAAGUUGUUAGUGCUACCUUUAGGAGCAUAUAUUGGUUUUGUUGAUGGUUUAAAAGAGGGUUAUGGUGUUAAAGGGAAUGAAAACCAAGGUGGUUUGAAGAGAAGGACGGAAGAAGGUGAAUUGGUCUUCUAG